AUGACUACACCUCCACCGGUCAAGCGCCAGAAGCGCGAAGAAUAUCGCCGUGAGCUGGCCGCGCAACAGGCCUCUGGUCACGGCGACGUCGAGGUCAAGCUGCCUCAGAAGAAAUUCUUCCGCCAGCGCGCGCAUGCGAAUCCGUUCUCCGACCACCAACUUGAAUACCCUCUGAGCCCAGCGCACAUGGAUUGGUCCGCACAUUACCCAGCCUUUGUGGAAGCCGAUCCUUCCAAGACAAAUCUCGCCGGUGCGCGCAAAUUGACGAAAGAUGUCGAGAUUGUCGACAUUGGAUGUGGAUUCGGAGGGUUGCUCAUCGGUCUGGCACCAUUGUUACCCGAGACCUUGAUGGUCGGAAUGGAAAUUCGCAUCUCAGUGCUUGAAUACGUCACCUCUCGAAUCCAGGCCCUGCGCACACAACAACACAGACUGAAGGCCGCCGCCGCCUCGCAAAACCCAGAGGCAGCUACCGCCGAGGUGAAAAAAGCCGCCGAGGAAACAAAUGCGGGAGCACAACAGACCGACGACGCCGGUACCAUGACCUCCAUCAUUCCCGGCAACUACGAGAACGUGGCUGGAAUCCGAAGCAACACGAUGAAGUUCCUCACCAACUUCUUCGGCCACCAUCAGCUCUCUAAGAUCUUUAUCUGUUUCCCCGAUCCCCAUUUCAAGGCGCGCAAGCAUAAGGCGCGUAUUGUUUCCGAGUCUCUGAAUGCCGAAUACGCUUACGUCUUGCGACCUGGUGGCUUGUUGUACACCAUUACAGACGUGGAAGAGUACCACUACUGGGUAUUGCGGCACUUCCAGUACGGGACCGAUGAGGACGGGGAGGCUGAGCAGAAGGUUGGAGGGAUCAAGGAUCUCUGGGAACGGGUCUCGGAUGAGGAGUUGGAAGCUGAUCCUUGCAUGCAAGUGAUGAAGUUCGAGACGGAGGAGUCCAAGAAGGUUACCCGUAACGGUGGUAACAAGUAUGUCGCGGUAUUCAGACGCAAGCCUGACCCCGAGUGGGUUUGA